AUGUCCCUGUUCUUUGGGACAGAGGAGCAAAAGAGACAAUUUUGCAACGAGCUACUUCGAUUGCUCAAAUCGCGAGGUGGUGUCAAGAUUCAAAAUCACAGUAUACCAGCAGAAGACAUCCACCAACUAUUCGAUAUGAGCCGAAAAUUCUUUGCUUUGCCUCUGGAGGAAAAGAUGAAAGCCAAGCACCCGCCUCAAGCCAAUCCGAACAGAGGAUACAGCUUUGUUGGCCAAGAAAAUGUUGCAAAUAUCAGUGGUUACGAGAAGGGACUAGGGCCAGGCAAAACUCGCGAUAUAAAGGAAACUUUGGACAUGGGCAGUUCGCACGACGAUCUUGUAGACAAUCUCUGGAUACCUGAAGAGAGCAUUCCUGGAUUCCGGAAGUUCAUGGAAUCUUUCUACGAGAAAGCUUACAGAACCGAAAUGCAUCUUCUCUCCGCUCUUGCGAUUGCUCUCGGUGUUUCGGAAGACUACCUCAGGGCACUUCAUAAUCGUGCGGAGAACGAGUUUCGUCUUCUUCAUUACCCGGCGAUUCCGGCCAUGGAGCUUGCGGACGGUACAGCGACGCGCAUUGCUGAGCACACCGAUUUUGGAACGAUCACCAUGCUUUUUCAAGAUUCCGUGGGAGGUCUUCAAGUGGAGGACCAAAACGAGCCUGGAGUAUUUCGAAGCGUGGAAUCCUUGGCACCUACCGACAUCAUCCUCAAUAUUGGCGACUCUCUUCAACGCCUGACCAACGAUACAUUCCGUGCUGCUUGCCAUCGUGUCACGUACCCCCCCGCAAUCAAAGCUGGCGACAAUGUUGAGAUUCCCGAGCGGUACUCCAUUGCAUAUUUCGUCAAGCCGAAUCGCCAUGCCUCUCUGCUUCCCAUGAAGGAGUUUGUUACCGAAGCUACUCCAUGCCACUAUGACGAUGUUACUUCAUGGGAGUGGAACAACCGGAGAAUUGCAAAGCUAUUUGGUUAG